CGCAAUUUGUGUUGACACCUGAAGCAUUAUAAAGGCGUGUCUUUCAGUAGAAAAAAACUACGGUGGGCUUAGGAAUGAUCGAUAGAGGUUGCAACACGGUAUGAACAUUUCCACUUUCUCUGUUUGGACUGUCGUUGUAACUAUCCGUGUCAAAUAGUAUACAAGCUAACUGUAUUGCAAUUACUUCACUUUUGUUCACAUACAAGAACAUGUAGUGCAGUCUGCCUCUAACUUGCAAUAUCCGAAAGACAAUCCUGAUAGAUCUAGCCCACGAAAUACAUUGUCUGGCAAAGCUUCUUUAUAUCGGAUCCGUAGUUUGUCUUCGUCACGAAUACCCAGCGCGUGUCCAUAAAUAUUUGGACAAGAACUUAUUUCAUAUUUUCAUUAUUUCCAUAUUUGGAAAAAUGGAAAACUAAAACUGGUCAAGCUAACCAAAUUAGGCUUUGUUAUUAUACUUGGCUAACUUAAGGCAAAUUAUUGUUACCGAAAACGAAGCCGUCGGCUUUUUACACAAAGCUUUGACGACAAAAUGUUGCUUCGAAUGUCAAUGCCGCUGGUUCUGUUUCUCUUCGCUUGGCAAAGCGAAUCGACACCGACGGUCCAACAGAACCGACUGAAGCUCCUCUACUACACCGCCUCAGACGACGGCAGCCAUCACCUGACCAACACCAAGAUCGCCGAAGCUCUCGUCAGGAAAGGUCAAGACGUCACCUUCCUCCUUAGCGACAGCUUUACAAAUUGGCGGAACGCCAGCGGGGCUGACAAGUUCAGGUUCAUCGUGCACCGAUCGCUGUACACGACGGAGGACCGGGAGCGGAAUAAGCGAGGACUGUCUCGUGUUGCUCUGCGUGGGGAGCUGAGAGGCGCGGUAAACGCGAUGAAAUUCCUCCUGAGGUCGAUGUACUCCGCGGAUAGUCACGGUCGCCGCGCGUGGUUCAACUUCCUGUGGAGCGAGUGCGACACCUUGCUGGGGGACAACGCGACGAUCCGGGCGCUGAGAGAGGAGAGCUUCGACCUGCUGAUCGGGGACGAUUUGUCUGAUUGCCAGCCGCUGCUAGCAGAGAUUCUGGGAAUCAAAUUUGUCCUGGUCAGCGGCACGGGUAUCCUUCCUUCCAAGGGAAGCUGGUAUGGCAUUCCAAACCACUCGGCCUACAUUCCCGAGCGCCAGGCUGGUCUAACCGACAUGAUGAGCCUGCCACAGCGCAUCCUAAACACCUGUCGCUAUUUCGUCACCGGUCUGGCCAGACGAGCUGCGCUUUGGAGGUUUGAGGAUCUCCAGAGAAAGUACAACCUGAGCCCGGAGAAGCGGAUGCCGGAGAUGCUGGCCCAGGCUCAGCUUUGGCUGUUCUACGGGGACUUUGGGCUGGAGUUCGCCCGACCCUUGCAGCCCAACACUGUGAUGCUUGCCUCACCCAUGCUGGGUCUUCCCUCCAACGAAAAGAUUUCAGUGGAACAGCAGAAAUUUCUGGACGAUGCCAACGAAGGCGUCGUUCUGUUCACGCUGGGUAGUCACGUGAAGGAGGUGGAAACUGCGCAGGCUCAGAUGUUCGCCAACGGAUUGGCCAAGCUGAAGCAGCGCGUCAUCUGGCAUUUCCCUGGCAGUGUUACGCAUUUGCAUAUCGGGAACAACACGAAGGUUGUACAAUGGAUGCCACAGCAGGAGAUAAUGGCUCAUAGGAACACCAAGGCGCUGUUGAGUCACGGCGGGCUGAACGGCAUGUACGAGGCGGCUUGGUACGGCCUCCCCAUGGUCGGUAUACCCCUCUUCGGUGACCACUUCGACAACAUGGAGCGAGCAGUCGCUAAGGGGAUGGCUCUGCAGUUGGACAUAGCCACGUUGACAGAGGACGCCCUUUGCGACGCAGUCACCCGCGUCAUUGAAGAUCCAAGAUAUGGCGAGAGGGCGCAACACAUCUCACGCCUGCUCCGCGACGAUCCAGUCAUUCCGUCCGAGAAGGCAGCUCACUGGAUCGCCCACGUGGGCAAGUACGGCGGGGAGUACUUGCGACCUCGUGCGGCCGACCUCAGCUGGAUCCAGUACCACCUGCUGGACGUGUACGCCUUCCUGGCUGCCAUUUUGUUCGGUGUGCUUGGUGUGUUGCUACUAGGCUGCAAGGGUAUUCUGUGGAUGGCGUGUCGCAACCGCAGGCAACGGAAGAUAAAAGUUAACUAGAGGAAUGAAUGAAUCUAGAACGAUUCAACGCUAUUAAAUUAACGCACAUUAGGAUAGAAUUGCAGCAACAAGAAAUAGUUACAAGUGAACUAGAAUUAGCUGAUCUGUUAGUUGGCCUGAAACAUCAUUGGUGGCAGUCAAGUAUUGUUUAAUUCUCAGUUUCCUUAACCAAUUGGUCAAGAAAUAAUCAAAUUUUCUAAUGUUAAUACACAAAUACACCCCUGACUCAACCCUUCGACUCAAACGCAAUUUGAAAACGACGAACCUGCACCACACUGUACCAAUAGCUUUGUUCACAGUUCAUAAAUAAUAUUUUAUUUCAACAAAAUCACAAAAGUAGUAACACUCAGUUGUGUUGUUGCUUUACACCCUAGCCAAUAAAUUUAACCUAGCACAUUCAACAUGUUCAAGUGCAUGACUUUCACUAACUGCAACGAAUAAACUCCAUCUUAUGUUUACUCCAUCUUAUAGUUUCAUUGCGGUACCCGCUGCUACAUGUACAUCAGAUUCGAACCAGCCAACCGAUCCCACAAGCUCGGUGGCCGAGUCUUAAGACAUCUGCAUUAGAAAGCAUGAGGUCGUGGGUUCGAGUCCCACCGAGUGAUUUUUUCCAACUUUUACUCGGGAGGUAACAAUGAGUAUACGGUGUUUCUACGUCGUUGAAGGGUAAAACCCAAUAUUGAUGAACGAAUGGCAUUUUGUUUACAUACAUUAAACGGUUAUAAAAUACAGUAGACUCCGGUUAUUACGAACUCGGUUACAACAAUUUGUUUUGGUAUACCGACAACCUUUUAUACCAAUACAC